AUGGCGGCGCCGUGCAGCUGGCUGCCUUUGGCCGUUUACCUCUGGUUGUGGACGACGGCGUCAGUUUCUCAGACCGUUUCGCCGACGUCCCGUUCCGAGUUGCUAAGCAUGAGGCCGGACAGUACGGUGGCGGGCUCCGUGUUCCUGGAUGGCGGUCUGCUGAAGGUGACGGAGGGCACCCGCUUCAAACUGCGGCUGUACGGUAUGGGCCUGAGGUGGAGCGGGUUGCUGGGCGACGGCGGAGCCCGAGGCCCCGGCGUCUCGUUCGUGGAGGUGAGCGGCCUGCUGGAGACGGCGGCCGGCGGCGCCCGCCAGCAACGACAGUCCCAGCGGCUCUGCCAGCAGGGCAGUUCGGACAUCGCCAUCCUGGGCUCGAGUCUGAACAACCGCUCGGUUCUGGUGGAGCUGGAGGUUAAGUACCUGCGAAAGGAUGAGAAGAUCAAGUACUACUCGUUGUGCGCCCGGAUCGGGGGCCGGGACGCUCACGACUGGAUCAGUUUCAAGACUGAGGAUUUCCACCUGGCCGUGGUGGAGAAGGAGCCGACAAGCACUCUCAGGUUCCAGAUCCUCAUCACCUUGCUUUUCCUUUGCCUGUCCACCCUCUUCAGCGUCCUGCACAUCAGCCUAAUGGCUCUGGACCCGGUGGAGCUCAGGGUCAUCAAAAACAGCGGCAACGAGGACGAGAGGAAGUACUCAGAACGCAUCGAAUCCGUGAGGAGACAUGGCAACUACCUGCUAUGCACCUUGCUGCUAGGACAUGCCCUGAUGAACUGCUCCCUAACCGUCUGGCUUUGCGAGAUGUUCCACAGCACGUGGCUGACAAUCGUUGUCUGUACCAGUUGUAUAUUUUUCUUUGGCGAGAUCUUCCCUCAUGCCAUCUGCUCCCGGCAUGGCCUGGCCUUGGCUUCCAAGACCAUCUUGGUGACUAAAUUUUUCAUGAUCAUCAGCUUUCCAGCCUCGUACCCCAUCAGCAAACUCCUGGACGUCAUCUUGCAACAGCAGAUCAGCAACUUCUACACAAGAGAAAAGCUGAUCGAGAUGCUCAAGGUGACUGAUCCUUACAACGAUCUAGUUAAAGAGGAGCUCAAUAUCAUCGAGGGAGCCCUUGAACUCAGGAAGAAGACAGUCGAAGAUGUCCUGACUCCUCUAGGCGAUUGCUUCAUGUUGAGCUAUGAGGCUGUCCUGGACUUUGCGACCAUGUCAGAAAUCAUGCAGAGUGGCUAUACAAGGAUUCCUGUAUAUGAGAAUGAACGCUCAAACAUUGUUGACAUACUUUAUGUGAAAGAUUUGGCAUUUGUUGACCCAGAUGAUGACAUGCCUUUAGCAACAAUGACAAAGUUUUAUAACCAUCCUCUGCAUUUUGUGUUUAAUGAUGCAAAACUGGAUACUGUGCUGGAAGACUUUAAAAAAGGUAAAUCGCACUUGGCAAUAGUGCAGAGAGUCAACAAUGAGGGAGAAGGUGAUCCUUUCUAUGAAGUGAUGGGUAUCGUCACAUUGGAAGAUAUAAUUGAAGAAAUUAUUAAAUCAGAGAUCUUGGAUGAAACAGACAUAUACACUGACAAUCGAUCGAAAAAAAUAGCUCACAGGGAACGAAAGCGGCACGAUUUCUCACUGUUCAAAAACACAGAAACUGAUUUAAGAGUCAAGGUUUCACCGCAGCUUCUACUAGCAACUCACCGGUUUUUAGCAACAGAGGUGGAACCUUUUAAAAGCACAUAUAUAUCAGACAAAAUUCUGCUAAGGCUUCUCAAACAUCCAAAAGUCAUCUGGGAGUUAAAGCAUGAUUGGCAAAACAGAGUUUCCCCUGAUCAAUAUCUUUACCAACGGAAUAAGCCUGUGGACUACUUUAUACUUAUUUUACAGGGAAAGGUGGAAGUUGAAAUAAGCAAAGAAGGCCUGAAAUUUGAAAAUGGAGCAUUCACUUAUUACGGUGUACCUUCACUCAUACCUUUGGUUUCUACAGUCACUAGAUCACCAUCUCACAGCAGUGGAGGACAAUGGACAGAUCCAGGAAGUCGAACAGAACGGGUUGAAUUUGGGGGUGGUACCUAUCCACAAAGCUUUGGUAGUUAUUCCUAUAUUCCAGACUACUCGGUGCGGUUAUUAACUGAUGUCCAGCUUGUGAAGAUCACGAGGACACAGUAUGCAAAUGCAAUAGCAGCAACCAAACUGGAGAAUUCACCCCAGACCCCUGAACCUGAUACGGCGAUUACAGCAUCAACAAGUAAAGACCCAGCCACUAGCAUGUCCACUGAAACCACUAACUUGUUCAAUGGAAAGAACCGUGUGAUUCGCAGCAAGUCAGAUGGACUGAGAAGCCCAAGUGAUGUAUUUUUCUUGGGAAUAGAUGCAAUAAAUGACUCCGAGAUGACUGGUUUCAAGACUAAACAGCAUGAUGAAAACGCCAGUGUAAAUGUUGAACCUGAAGUCAACAAUCCUGAGCGGAAAAAGAGCACUUCACUUAGCAGUUCAGAAGAGACACUUGGCAAAAAGCUCCUGAGGAAACUAAGUGGCAAAAAGAGGAAGCCUUCCAGAGACAGUGAGAAAAGCCCUGAAGAGAAUGUAAAUGUACCUCAACUAAAAAUCUGACAUCUCCAGCAAAGCAGCAAGGUUAAAGUCAAACUGAUGGGCCACAAGAAAAAUCACUCACUGGAUACAAAUCAUUCCUGAUACUCGAGCCUAACUAACACAUGCUGCAAUAUUCGUACAUUGUCAAUCAUGAAAAGGGUUUGUAAUCGUGAAGCAAAACUACAGCAGUGACCGCGGCACCCAAGAUAUAGCUUUUCUUGUUUGAUACUUUGAAUUAAGAACUUAAUUUUUGCAUGUUUUCCCGUCUAACUACACUGAAUUUAAACCAGGCAAUUUCAACAUUUUAUGUAAUUUAUCCAAAGGAUUGUACAUCAAAAUGCAUUUUUUUUCCAUGAAGUGCUCUAAUCAUGUCACCCUAACCCGACUUCCCCUCAUUUUAUUCUGGGUUUGUUGUAAUACUGUAAACACGCCCGUUUUGUGGUACAUACUGGAGUAUGCUUCAGGAAUCUAACACCUCUCAGGUUUCGCAUAGCAUCGAUGCUGCAUUCAAGCAAUGCUUUUGCAAUUCAUGAGACGAUAGUGAGCCUGUUUUAUGCAUCCUUGUCUUGUAAGACAUCUCUGGGAGUCAAAAGGGGGACAGGUUUCUUCUGCUCCUAAUAUAUUCACAAAGUUUGUAAAAACAGCAGGCCCAUUUUGUAGUGAAAUGAUAGUUGUAUUCUGAUGAAAUUUCAAUAGAAAUUGUGUAUUUAGGAAACCUAAGUGUAAUGUUUACGAUGUUGCUAUCAUAGCAGGAGGAAAUCUUGGCCCUCCAUCUAUCACCCUAUUUAAUAUUUAGAAAGCAUGUUACAGCUGAAAUCAAUGCAGAUUGAGUGCUGUCCUUAUAGAUUCUAUUACCUCUGAAGUUCUCCAGGUAAAUAUUUUUAUCGUGAUUAUCACAGAUGUAUAGUGUAGAGAUGUAGAUUAUUUAAGGUUUCCCACUACAGUUUCUCUGCUGCUUUGGCAACAUUAAUUUUGGCUGUCACCAUCGCUUUGCAAUACUUAUUUUCCUCGAGAUACUAUCCUGUAGGUAACAGCCAAAACACAGUAUCCACUAGUUUUGCUUGAGUAGCAAUGCUCGAUAUGAGUCACUGUCUACAUUCUUGUACAGGAUAUUUUUAUUCUUUUCUGUAUCCCUGCAGUCCUCUCUGUUUCACUCCUCUCUCUCUGAUGUGGAGUCUCAGAAAUGCCUUGCUUUUGCGUUUUUGUUCUUAAUGCCGUUCUUUCAAGCUCUACACAGUUUGUGGCAUAAAUUCUGCUUCAUGCCAUCCCUGUAUAUACUGCAGACACUGAGUUGCCACAUCAUUUAUGGUUAUUUGUCCACAAUGGCACCUACUUGAGACAAUGGCAUUUUAGCACAAAGUUGUACUGCUGGCACAUGCAUUCACCCACCAGUUAAACAAUGAAAAAAUAAUCUGAGAAUUACCAGCAUUUUUGGAACUAUAGCUCUGCAACAAUUGCUGUGUUCAGGGGAAGCAGGAGAAAUUGUGUGGAAGAAUGGACUUCUGCAUUGAAGUGAAACUGAAGACUUAUUACUUUAAUUAAGUUUUGACCUGAUGUAGUGCGACUUAUUCAUAGAUAGGUUUGUGAUUUUUCAACAUUGCCAAUAUUUGAUCACAUGAUAUGCUGCAUCCAAACACCCAAUUAGCCAGCCUCUACUCUCCUCUUUCUCCUCACCCCUUGCUCCACCAACAAUUGAAUUAGCAAUUAACUAAAGCAUUCAAAGGAAUGUUCCUGUGCCUGUAGGCUUUAACAAACUUUGCCUACAGAGUUUCUGGAAGUGUGAUCAAUAAUGGUGCAGGAAAGGUUACAGAGACUUCACUAAACAAACGUACAAAACUGCCAAACGCUUUAAUCUGAGAUUUAAAGAUUGAGAAAUAAACAGAUGUGACUGAAAAAUCAGUGAAUUGAGAGGCAAAUUAUGUAGAGAACAGAGGAACGAGAGGUGGAGACAUUAAAAGGAUUUGAUUGUGAGUUACCAACUAACGUUGUUACAUCCACAUUCCAGGCAAGGUUCCCCAAUUUGUUCUACUUCCAGGUGGGAUGCUUCAAAUCUCUAAACUCAACAGUGAGGAGGGAAUGAACUGGCUCCUGUUGGUCAUUCACCUGCUCCAUUGGUGGGUGGCAACAUGGUUAAUUUAUAUAGGAUCCUUUCCCUUAUGGAUACUUUCUCCUGGACCCAAAUUUACACCUUGAAAGGAGCUAAUGUGACCAGGCAUUUUUGAAUUAACAAAAAAAAGUAAGAGUAAGUUUAUUCAUUAUUAAACGUGGAAAGAAAUAGUAGCCCAACCCCCAUAGACACAAAAUAAGUAAAAAUAAGAUAGUCCAAAAAAUAAGGCAAAAGAUAAAAAGAUCAGUCUGUGAAAGGCAAAUACAAAGACAUUGUAGCCGCUAUUGGAUGACACUGGUAGCACUGAUGUUGUCAGCAAAAAAAUCCUUCCACUCUCGAUUUGCAAAUGUUUGGGAGUUUAGUGACCAAUUAACCAAUGUGCAAAUGCAGCUAAGUUUCACAGUUGUUGAGCAUGAGAUGCUUGUCUUGGUUAGUUGACUUAAGUCAAGGUAAUGCUAGAAAAGGAGUUGGUCUUAUUGCCCCUGGGCUGGACAAAGAGUUUAGUGAGGUGCUGGUUGAAGGGGAAAAAUUCAGUCAGUUAGUUCUCCGUCCAGUGAUCACAAGUGAAAAGUGGAUAUUGGGUCAUUCCUCAUGCCCAGCACAUGUUUACUCUAACAUUUACACAUAGACUUUGAUGAGAUAGCAGGGGACCCUCUAACCAACAUAAGGAUUUAAUGGUGAAAAAAUUUACAUAAACACUUGCAGAAAUGCAGAGCAGGUCAAGUCACCCACUGACAGAGAAUGGCAAGUUGAUGUUUCUACGAUAAUAGUUUAUGGGAAUUGACAUUGUUGAGGCCUUCUAGUCAAACUCUGGGGUUUCUGAUAAAAGACUAUGCCCCAAACCUGUGAUUUAUCUUUCUCUUGCAGCUAAAGAUGACUUUCUUUGUCCAUCUAGCAUUUUUCUCAUUUUUAAGUUGAGAUCUUGGUAAUUAUAUGACUGCAUGUACUCUGUACUUCCUACAAAGAAUCAGUUUCAACAGGUGCACUGCUUCACAGUAACAAACCUUUAUGAAGCUUUCAAUGCAAUUCAGAAAGACAUUAUUUGAAGUCAAGGUACUUCAUGGUGAUUCACCCCAAUGCAAAGAGAUUAGACUGCUGUUAAUUCACAGUAGAGUUCACUGAGGUGGCUGUUUAGUACACCUUGAGGUGAUGCUAAGGCUGAAUUCAAAAUAGGAGUGUUUAUAUUUAUUUUCUUUUGUUUAACCCCUUAUUGAAUAUUUAAGUGAUUUUCCACUUUGCUGAAUUUCACCCUGCCAUCACAUGAUCAGUGCCUGGUGAGGCAAUAAAAAGGAGAGGAAAGAUCAGAGGGAUAAGUCAUAGAGUUAUACAGCAUGGAAGCAAGCAGUACCUGAGACACUUAUGGUAGACACACUAAGAACUGGCUCGCUUCUAUCUCAGCUGUACAAUAAUUUAAAUAGGCUAAGGGGGAGGAAGCAAAAAACAUUUGUUGUCUAUAUGCUCCUACCAACAUUUUCAACAAAUAAUAUGUAACUGUGCAGAAAGUGUGCUGGCUAGGUUUAGUCUUUUUCAGCUGCAUUCUGGCCUGAUAGUGAGAUUGUGGCUUGAGAUCUGAGCGGCCAGAUCAUAAGGAAGAGAAAUGAGUAGAAACGAGGAAUUACAUCUAUCUUUAUAAAGUCAGAUUUUUGAAGAAAGAAUGAAAUUCUUUUAAUGAAAAACAGGGGAGCAUUUGACUUUGAAAUGUGUAUUUUCUGAGAAUGCAACUUGAUUGUUGUUAAGGAGAGAACCUUUUUUUUGCCAAAGGAAAUAUAACUCCCAUGCCACUGGUAUCUCGAUUACAGAAACGCCCCACUGAAAAAUUACAGUGCCUGCAACUUCAGGUUACAGAAAGCAAUGUGAUGGCAUCCUGUCGUAAGUUGACACCAUGACCUUCAAAAUGAAGCAAUGGAAGUUCCCCCUUUUGGAUCAUAAACUCAAAGAGGGAAAAUAGGUUUACCAAGAGAAUUGGCAAUUAUUUCUAAAAUAAUAUUCUGCAUCUUGUAUAAAGUUUGUUAUCCCAUAAACUUUAAAAUGGCCUUUCUAGGAACAUUUGGGAAAAUGGUUAGGAGGAAGGCGUGUUUUUUUUUUAAGAAAUAUUUAGAAUUUAUUUGUCUUUCAUUAAACUUUGCUUUGCGAGUACUGUAUGGAAGGUUAUUCACAAAGAUGUCCUCUGGUAACUAUAGAGCCUUUUUGUUAACAAGCUUCGGUUAAUCACACAAUUAGGGGUAAGUUUUACAAUUGACAACAGCGGCAAACAGCAUCAAAUGGUGGGAGCAUCUUUGGGGGGCUUGUGAAUACAUCAAUGUACCCAAUUCACAACCUGCCUAGUUGGACAGAAAAUCUUGCAGGUUGCAAAUUAGCCAUAUCUACCUCCACAGCCCACACCCCAAUUCCUCAUGGGUGUCCUCAUCACACCAACUGUGUGUGAAACUGAGGUAAAAGUCAUAUCCAUAUUUAUUAAUUAGAUGAACCUCCACUCACAGCUUUAAUGUAGAUUUAGUGCUAUCUUUGAUACUUUUGUUUAAUAUCAAGACUCCCAGUUAUGAUUGGUAAAAUUGUGUGCAAAUGAAAUAGAUUGUACUGCUUCGGGGAGCUAUCCAAUCAUCCAUUUAUAUAACACCUUAUGUAAGAAAGACUUAUAAAACUGAUGCCAGGAAGGGGGAUAUUAGAGUGAGGACUGAACAUUUCAGAUAAAAUCUAGUAGCUUUGAGAAGAUUUUUAAUAGGAGCAUUUGGAGGGAGUACAGAGGUUUUCAGCCUAAUAAGAUGGAGAGGAAAAGUUAAAGAUGAAGAGAAAUACGUUCAUAUGCAGUUCUGCCAACUGCAUAUCAUCAAUUACAAACACAGUCCUCUAUGUGUUUCCUUCACUGAGCCAUGAUUAAACACUAAAGUGUGAAUAAUUGCAGUAAGCAAGAUGUGGUUACACUAUUGUCUACAAAUUAUGUGUAAUAUGUAUGCACAAUAAAUAUUUUAUAAAUAAUUUGUGCUUGUUUUGAACCGCCUCAGUCCCUGAAAGCAAAGUCUGUGCAAGGUUACCUUUGACUUUAUUAUAUUUACCAUUUUGAGGAGAGGAUCAGUGGUCUGAAUUGACUGCAAAAUACUGCACAUUUUCAUUAUAUUUUGAAUUUUAUUGUUAUAGUAGUAUCUGUUCUAGCUCAUCCACCGGUUUUGCUGAUGGGGAAUCUUGAGUCUUGAUCAGGUUUCCUUUUAAGGCUGCUAAUCUGGGAUCCCUUGUGGGAGAGUGAUGUAAAUGGAACAUCAUGUGGUUAUUUAAAAACUAAUUGCUAAUAGAGAUUUCUGCAGUUUGGCAGUUGUUUGUAAGUCUUAAUAGUGUUUCCUUUUAAGAAAUGACAGCCUAUCAAGGUCGUAAAUACCAACAAGAAAAAUAUCAGACUUACACAUUUUUGUGCUUUUAGCACAGUGAAGUGCAGCAGAUCUGUUAUGUGAAAGAUUAUUUUAUAUAGCUAGUAAUUUGUCUGUGUAUUUGCACUAUAUGCAACAGUUUUAAUAUAUUGUGGGUAGUAUUUAAAGCUUGGUUUAAUGCUUUUUUAAAAAUCAACAUGCUUGGAUUUAAAAUUUGUUUGCCUCAUGGAAAGAAGCACCAUACAUUGUAGAGUUCAUUUUUAUUGGGUAGUAUGUGGGUGUGAGAUACACAAUCUCAUGCCCAGGGCAUUAUCAAGAGAACUUAAGAGCCAUAGGGACCAUUUUGUGUGUUGACCAGGAGACACUGAGGGACUGAAAAUAACAAAGGCUAUCGGGAGACUUUCCAAUCCAUCCUAUUUAGCCAGGUUGAAAAGCUGCUGAUUGGGUCUUAUCUAUUUAGAAUUGUUACCAAAAGUGAGGAGAGGUAUUAAAAUAUAUUGCCGUACCUCAAGUUUGGAAUACUAUAGGGAGUUGUUCAGACAGAAAUCAUUGCAGAUUUCUUUUAAGGAUAAAGUGCAAUUAAUAUUUGAAGUUAAGGAAGAUGCAGGGCUUUUGGAACAACAAAUAAAAUUUUUGAUUGUUUAAACCAAGAAUUACCACAGAUAUAGGGGGUUGACUAGGCUCCCUGUGCUGUAAAGCUCUGGUUCUGUACUCUGAUGAGGUCAGAAUUUACCAAUUCCAUUGCAAAAUAAAAACAUAAUUUUUGUAAGGUAUUUAUUAAGAAAAUGAAUAGCAGGCAAAGAAAAUCUGUACCAAAUCCAAAGAAUAAAUGUAGAAGAUGAGAGAAAUGAAGGACAAGGAGUUUGGGAACAAUACAAUUGCUUUGUUUCUCAGUUCAGCCAGUAUUGGGAAGGAGCUUGAACCAGUCAAAUCAAAUAGCAUGUGUUUCCAAUGCUACCCUUACAAGGUACAGUACAAUGUUACAAGGCAUGCGUGUUUUUAUAUUAGGAUCAUACAUGAUGGCUCAUAUUGAGAUGUAGGAGACCCUACUGCAAUACUAUUUAAAAUGUGCUUUCAAAUGCGGUAAUCGAAUGAGCACUCUGAUCAUUUGUGUCAGAAAAAUUAUUGCAUGCAUCGUGCUAUUAGAUUCAAUGGAUAAUUGACAAAUACGCUACCUCCAAAAAGUUAAAAUUCUUAUUUAUUUUUUAUGUAUUUUUGUAAAAUAAUUAA